CUCAUCAGUUCAUCUACCUCUCUCCUUCACUUUACUCUCUCUCUCUCUCUCUCUCUCUCUCUCUCUCUGCUCCCGCCGGAGGCAACGGCGGCGGACGUGCUCCUCUCCUCCCCCGAUCGCCGGCGAGCGGGUUCGCCGGGGGCGGCGACGCGGCCGGCUCAUCCCACCGGCGCCCCCACCUCGCGGCCCGAUUCGAAAUUUUGAAGGUGGCACUUUCAGAUUGCCUAUGCUAGUUCAUUUCACGCUGCAUAUCCAAAAUGGUGAAGCUGACAAUGAUAGCACGUGUUACUGAUGACCUUCCGUUAGUGGAGGGAUUAGAUGAUGGUCGGGAUCUGAAGGAUGCUGACUUCUACAAGCAGCAAGCUAAACUGUUGUUCAAGAACUUAUCGAAAGGGCAACAUGAAGCAUCAAGGAUGUCAAUUGAGACUGGGCCAUACCUUUUCCAUUACAUCAUCGAGGGCCGUGUGUGCUAUUUGACAAUGUGUGACUGCUCUUAUCCGAAGAAACUUGCUUUCCAGUACUUAGAAGAUCUCAAAAAUGAAUUUGAGAGGGUCAAUGGCAACCAAAUUGAAACUGCUGCAAGACCAUAUGCUUUUAUUAAGUUUGACACUUUCAUACAGAAGACGAAGAAGUUGUAUUUGGAUACCAGAACCCAAAGGAACCUGGCCAAGUUGAAUGAUGAGCUUUAUGAGGUGCACCAGAUUAUGACUCGCAAUUUUCAAGAAGUUCUCGGUGUUGGUGAAAAACUAGAUCAUGAGUUUGCCUUUGCACCUUAUCUGUGUUAUGCUGCAUCGUUCAUCAUAGUUUUUAGCACGAUGGACUUGUCAAUGAUUUCUGUGCAUAUGAGAUUAACUUGAGUUUACGUAUUUCCUUGAAAGAUUAUCAGUGAAUAGGUGAGCAGUCAAAUUCGCAAAAUCAAUUUGGUUUCAGCAGACUAUCUUGCCCUAAAAUUACUUGAGUUGUGUUUUCAUUCCGCACUAUAUUGUUGUUAUAUUUUGUGUUUUCCUUCAAUAGGCCAUUUUGUUGUUUCACAUCUUAUUAAUAUUUCUUAGACUCAUGCUUCCUUUUGAAUUGUUUGCUCCAGUACACACCAAAGCUGUUUCUUUCUUUGUGUUGCCUGUAAUCCCACGCUUUGACAGUUUUGCAUGAGUGCUUCACUUUUGGCAAGACUUGUUGCAGUCUCAUCUCACAUUUCGUUUCAUGCUUAGAGGUUUACAUUUCCCAGCUGUUGCUCAGUGAAAGUUUUCUGUUUGCAGAGGUGAGUGAAAUGUCCAAUAGGUUGAUCUCUGAUACUAGAAUUUAUGCGGAGAAGGCGAAGGAUCUCAAUCGUCAGGCCCUUAUUCGCAAGUAUGCCCUUGUUGCCAUUGUGAUUGGAAUAGUACUGAUGCUCUUUUGGGUCAAGAACAAGAUAUGGUGACUGAGAGUAACAGUCAGGCCUCCUGUUACGGUGCUGGAACUUGAGUUCUCCGUGCACCCCGAAUCGAUUCUGGCUCAACAGAUGCUUUGAUGGCUUAUCCCGCAUCUGCCCAUUCAAGCGAGUAGUAGUGUAGCUCUUCUUCCGUGCUUUUUGUUUUUUGUUUUUUUGUUUUUUGCCUAUUCCUCCCAACAAAGAUCAUCCAAACUAAACCCAUUGUAGUAUAAACCCUCGUCAUCGACCCAGCCUAUCCUGAUGGAUGAAGAAGUCCUUGAGUUCUUGCAGCACCGAUUUCUGGCUAAUUGUUGUGUAGAGUCGGCUUUUCGACCUCCGAAAUGGUAUAUGUUCUUUGCAAACUCACCAUGUAAGAAUUGAUGUUUCAGGCUGAUGGAUGGACAAGGCACAUACCAUCCAAAGCUGCAUGGAAUGUCUUGUGACUCAGACGUUUUAGCUGCAAUCGAAUACGUCCGGUUAUGCUGCUGGAGAAAGGUCAUUCUCAUUGCCAGAUUAUCAGCUUCUGUAGUCAGAGAUUUUGGCAUGCAGUGCAACAACUUGAGAUAGAACAACGUUAAGUAUGAAGGGCCUAUUUGUCUUGAGCUCAAAUGCUAUGCUAAAUAUGAUAUUUUUUACAUGCAACAACUUGAGAUUAUCUUGAUGUAGAACAUGAACAACCUUGAUGAUACCUUUGAGCUAAAAUGCUACUGAUACUCUGGUAUUUCACCGUGUCUUAAGAAUGGAACAUAUUACAUAGUA